AUGAAGGUCUCCCACGCGUGGUAUGUCAUUGAUGUGCCGCCAUCUGGCAUGCAGGUAGCGGCUAACGAGUUGCUUGAGCGCCGACUUCGAUUCGAUUUGCUUCCUUGGACGGGAUUUGGAAACUUCGACUCUUGCUCGGUUCCAAUGUGCUGGAUACGCAAUAUCUAUCAGUGA